AGGUAAACAAAGCAGACAGCUAAAAUAGAUCUAACUCAAAUCGAAAAGAUACAUAAUAUACAUAUAAAAUAGGUUUUAGUAUAUCUAGAAGACAUGAAUUGCAAACAUCAUACGAUUAAAAUGUAAAAAGUAACAGCUCACAAUCAAGCAACCUGCAUUAUUAAUUUAUUAUGGAAGGAAUUUCAAGUAAAGAGCAGAAUAAACACGAGUUCGAUUUGCCGUUAUCUUCAAAUUUUUUUGAUGUGAAAGUUCAACAUUUUGUUAUAAAUUUAUCCUGCAGUUUUUCUUCACGAACCUUUAAAGGGUCACUAACAAUUUUCUGUAAUUUUAACAAUGGAAAUAUUUUUUGUUCAGAUAAGGAAGUUGUUAAUCCUGAAAUUGUUGCUCCAAUAACUAACUCGAAAGGCAGUGAUUUAAUAGUUUUGGAUUGUUUUGCAUUGGAUGUUGAUUCCUGCAUGUUGUAUGAUUUACACAAAAAAGAUAGUCAUGUCUGCACUGGCGGAACUUCUAUACAGAUUGCACAAUGUUGCAUGGAAAAUUAUUUGUUGAAAUACGAAUCAUUGGAAAAAUGUCCUAUUGAAAGUAUAAAUUUUUUAGAAUUUCACGUUAGUAAACACUACUUAAAAAUUUGUUUACCAAAUGUUUAUCCUAACACUAGUGAGGUUGUUAUAAAAAUUAAUUAUAAAACAUUUCAUGAUGGACCCUCAUUAAUGUGGACAAAAGAUCAGAAUUUAAGCCCAUGUGUGCUCACCUGCGGUCACCAGUUAAACAACAGGUCACUGUUUCCUUCUCAAGACAUGCCACAGGCAAUGUCAACAUGGCACUGCUCUAUCACACUGACUGACAGGGGCAUCCAUGAACCUGUGGUUGUUAUGACAGGGGAGACACCACCAACAGUUACUGAAAACCAGAAUGGUGAUCCUGUUUUUCACUUUUCAAGCUCCUAUCCAAUGCCAUCUUCAACAUUAGCCAUAGCUGUUGGUUGCUGGAAGUUUACAGACCUCACUGCUCUAUGUAGCACUGAACAUGAGAACACAGACAAGUGUAUGCUUUCAUGCCACCUGUACUCCCCUCCAAGUUUACACACACAAUUUGUCGACCAGCUCAGCAGAUAUUUACCUCCCUGUCUCAAGGCCCUCAAGACUGUUUUAGGCACAUACCCAUUGAAGCACUUGUCACUUGUCAUUGUACCUGAAUGUUUUGAUAGUCUUGGCAUGGCCUGCCCCCACCUAAUGUUCCUGUCCCAGUCCCUCCUGUGUGAAGACCUCAGCAUGAUGUACCGAGUGUCCCAUGAACUUUGUCACACGUGGUUUGGUAUCCUGACAGGGAGUCGCUGCUGGACAGAGGAGUGGCUGACUGAAGGGGUUUGCUGUUACCUAGAGUUCAUUGUUCAUGCUAUGGCCAUGCAGUGGGGAGAACAAGAGGCAAAAGUAAGAGCUGAGCUGAGGGCCUUGAUCAAGUACAGGUUGUUGAAGGCAGAGAUGAGUAACACACCUGAACAUCUACAAACACUGAGACCCAACGAGAGCAACACAGGGAUACAUUCGGAAGUGACUGAUGAUGCGUUUGUAAAAAAUGGUUUGGAUCCAGAGAAAAAUGUUAUGCAGGUUCAUUAUUUAAAGGGAUUUUUCUUGCUCUCUCACUUGGAACACAUUGCUGGCAAAGAUUUAUUUCUCCACACCAUAAAAACGUUUAUCAAUCAACAACUGGGUCAGCUGUUUACAUCACAGGAGUUGCUGCAGUUUAUUUUUGAUGAAUGUCCCAAGUUGAGGUUAGCGGGGCUGACCGUUGACCAGACGUGCAGGGAUUGGCUGGACUGUCCAGGUAUGCCAGAGGCUUUGUCAAACUUUUCUGUGAAUGAAAGCAACAAUUUGAUACAACAGGUUUAUGGCCAGGUUUCACAGCUAAGAGCCAGAGCAUCCCAUAAACGCACGCGAAAGCAAAGGUCAAGUUCACUGAAACCGACUGGAGCAUUGAUUGAAAUACAGCGUGAGUUGGUAGCUGACCAGUGCCUUCUACUCCUGGACCUGCUGGUCGAAGAUUCCAGACUCCCUCUCACACCAGCCCACAUGGCCAGUCUCAGGAGAAGUUUGCACGUGACGGAGGCCAACGCUGAGGUACAACACAGCUGGUGUGAGCUGGUCGUGGCUAGACGGGCUGUCCGAUGGGUGAGGGACGUCCAGGUGUUUCUGUACCGGCACCAGGCCCUGGGUGUUUACCUGUACGGUGAGCUAAUGAUCAGCGAGACCCCACGCCUACAACAGCUGGCUCGCACGUGCUACUCCCAUCUGCAGGACAGCAUGUCCGAGGGGACCAGGACAACCGUCAGGUCCCUUCUCUUCCCAGAGGACACCUCGACACGUGACCAAGUCAUCUUGUGAUUGGACCGUUCGACUGGACUGCAGAAUGGACUGUUGUGUGGCAGUAAUUGAAAAUAUGAAGGGGGCUUAACUCUGCUAAAAUUGUUCUAGUUUGAGUUAGUUGUUUUAGUUGAUGCCGGAUUACCAGCGAUUCGUCUCGGUGACGUGCUGCAAUUAGGGCAGCAUUAGUGAUAUUCACAGUUGAUUAAUAAUGACGUAUUUCAAAAACAAUGGUUUCAUACA